AUGAUUUUAAGAUCAGGUGGAUCAACAACAUCUUCAAUGACAAUUCAAAGAAGAAAUGUUUUAACAACAAAUUUAAUUGAAUUUACUAAAUAUCUUAAUAUUGAAUCUGUUAUUCCUAUAUUAAAAAAUAAUAAUAUUUUAAAUAGUAAUGAUAUUGAAAUAUUAUUAAAAGAGUUUGGAAGAAAAGAACAAUGUAGUCAAUUAAUUAGAAUUCUUAAAACAAGAGGUAAUAUAGCAUUUGAUAUUUUUUAUGAAAGUCUUCUUGAAACACAUCAAUAUAAUAUAGCUAAAUUUAAUAUUGAUAAAAUAAUUAAUGGUAUUGAGGAAGAUGAUAGUCCACCUUUAAAUACAUAUAUGAUACAAACAUCAUCAAAUUAUGCAUCAAAUCUUGAUUAUUAUAUUAAUAAUAAAGAACAUAUAUAUAAAAUGUUUUCAAAUCCUAAAGGUUUAGCAUUAAUUAUUAAUAAUCAACAUUUUCAAACUAUGAAUGAACGUUUUGGAACAGAAAAAGAUGAAGAAUAUUUAAUAUCCCUUUUUUCUAAAUUAGGAUAUAAAUGUUUACCAACAUUUCGUGAUUUAAAAGCAAUGGAAAUGCUUGAAAAAAUGAAAAAAUUUUCUAGACUUCCGGAACAUUAUUCACACGAUAGUGCUGUUGUUUGUGUACUUACUCAUGGUGAAACAGAUUGUUUGUAUGGAGUCGAUGAUAAUCAAAUAUUAGUACAAGAUUUUAUAUCAUUUCUUAACGCUAAAAAUUGUCCAGGUUUACUUAACAAGCCAAAAUUAUUUUUUAUUCAAGCAUGCCGUGGUUCAAAAUAUGAUGAGGGUGUAAUACCAAAUACAUUAUUACCUAAUGAUGAAGUUGACAGCAAUUGGAGUGCAUUAUUUAGAAAAAAAAAUAAUUCAUAUAAAGAAAACUUCCCAAAACAUGUAGAUUAUGGAGGAAGAAAUAAAAAUUAUAGUGAUAUUAAAAUACCUAUUGAAGCUGAUAUAUUAGUAGCAUAUGCCACACCAUCUGGUUAUGUAUCAUGGAGAAAUUCAGUUAAUGGCAGUUGGUUUAUUCAAUCAAUUUUUAAAAUAUUUCAUGAAUAUGCAGCAACUCAUGAUAUUUUAUCAAUGUUAACAAUGGUUAAUCAGAUGGUUGCAGAAAAAUUUGUUAGUACUAAUACAAAAAAUGUCCAAAUGCCAGAUUUUUGUUCCAGGUUAAAAAAAAAAUUAUACUUUUUCCCUGGUGUAAUAUCAGAAAGUGAAGUUUAA